AUGCGAGGCAAAAUUAUCUUUUUACUGUGUUGCUGUGUGUUUUCUUUGCUUCAUUUUCAAUUAUACACUUUUUAUUUUUUUUUCAUUCAUAAUUAUAUAUUUUUGUCUUUUACACAUAUUUAUUUAUUCUUUCUUUCCCUUUUCACUUCAAUUUUUUCACUAUUUUCUUCUAUUUUGUCUCUUACACACAUUUCUUUCUUCUCUCUUUCCUUUUUCACUUAUUUUUCACAUUUGAUUCUUUCCUUUUUCACUUAUUUUUCACAUUUGAUUUUCUUUUUCACUUCUUUUCCACAUUUCUCUCUUCUUUUUUUCCCUUCUUUUCCACAUUUCUUUCUUUUUUUCACUUCUUUUCCACACAUCUUUCUUCUUUCUUUUUCAAUUCUUUUCAGAUUUCUUCUUUCUUUUCUUUUUCACUUCUUUUCCACAUCUCUUUCUUCCUUCUUUUCUUUCUCACUUCUUUUCCACAUUUCUUUCUUCCUUCUUUUCUUUUUCAUUUCUUUUUCACAUUUCUUUCUUUGCUUUUUCACUUCUUUUCUGUAUUUCUUUUUUCUCCACUUUUCUUUGUUUCUCUAUCUUUUGUUGCUAACACACAUUUCUUUAUUCUUUGUUUCCUUUUCACCUUUUUCUUUGUCCAAAUUUCUGUUUCUCUAUUUUUGA